AUGGCAGACAAGUCCUGUCUGCAGGUCCGGGGGCUGCCGGUGCUUGUCUGUGGCUCUCCUCCUUCUCCACCACAGCUGGCCCAAAUAUGCUCCGGGCUCCUCCAAGACCUUCCAGGCUCCUGUCGCACUGAGCGCUGCCUCUUAUCGAGCUUGACAGCGUCAGUCAACAUCGACUGGAGACGGGACGAGAAUGCCCGCGAGCACCACACCGAGCAGUACCGCGGCACUGAAGUAGUGCUGCGACGGGGCCAAGCGAUUAAAAUGAAGUUGAACUAUGUGAGCGGAGCUCCAGCCGACAAUGGCAUCACCUUCACCGUGGACAGAGGCUCAACCCCUGCCCUGCAGGCCAAAACCCGCGUGGACUUUGGCAUCUCCAGCACUCCCAGCAGGGGCUCCUGGGGUGCAGUGCAGACUGCGGGUUCUCCAGGCUCCUUGAACAUUUCCAUCAUCAGCCCGGCAAAUGCUGCCAUCGGACGCUACCGGCUGGGCAUCAAGAGCAGCUCUAGCAGCAGCUUUUCCAUCCUGGGCGCCUUCGUGCUGCUGUUCAACCCUUGGCUGAAAGAGGAUGAAGUGUUCAUGCCAGACAAUGCAGAAUGCCAGGAAUACGUCCUCUCGGAGUUUGGUGUUAUCUUUGUGGGGAGCACAAACCGCAUCUCUCAGUUUGGCUGGAACUACGGCCAGUUUCAAGAUGACAUUCUGGACAUUGGUCUUAUCAUUCUGGACCGGAGCUUAAGCCACCGCAAGGAUCCAACUGCUGAUCUGCGCCGCCGGAAUGACCCCAAAUACAUUGGACGGGUGCUCACUGCCAUGGUUAACAGCAACGACGACAGCGGCGUCUUGCAGGGAAACUGGAGUGGGAACUACAGCGGAGGGGAAAGCCCCAGCAGCUGGACGGGGAGCGUGGACAUCCUGCGCAGGUGGAAGAGCUCCGGCUUCAGGCCCGUCCGCUAUGGGCAGUGCUGGGUCUUCGCUGGAGUGCUGAACACGGUCCUCCGAUGCCUGGGAAUGCCCAGUCGCACAAUCUCAAACUUCAACUCUGCCCACGACACAGACAUGAGCCUGACAGUGGACGUGUACUAUGAUUCUGAUGGGAAUCCUCUGAACAUUGCCACCGACAGCGUCUGGAACUUCCACGUGUGGAAUGAAGGCUGGUUUAUGCGCUCUGAUCUUGGUGCCACCUACAGUGGCUGGCAAAUUUUGGAUGCCACUCCACAGGAGAGGAGUUCAGGCAUCUUCCAGUGUGGCCCAGGAUCCCUGACAGCCAUCAAGGAGGGUGAUGUGAACCUGGUGUUCGACUGCCCAUUCAUCUUUGCAGAGGUCAAUGCUGACCGGGUCACCUGGCUGUAUGACACCACCACCGGAGAAAAAAGGAACAUUUACUCAGAGACCAAAUCGAUUGGCCAGUACACAAGCACAAAAGCCAUUGGCAGCUAUGCCCGCCGGGAUGUCACAAACGAUUAUAAAUAUCCAGAAGGCUCACCCAAGGAAAGGGAAAUCUUCAAAAAGGCACGUGGCAAGCUGAACCUCGACACCUUCUCAGCCACAUCUGCCAAGCUGCCCGAAGGAGAAAAACCCAUCUCAGGGAAGUUCAAGGUGGAGAACCCCCCAGAGGUUGGCAAGGAUGUCGACUUGGUCUUGCAGCUGACCAACCUCUCUUCGAAGGCCAGGAAGCUGACAGCCAACAUGACUGCCUGGACCAUCAUCUAUACUGGAAAACCAGUCCACGAGGUCUGGAAGAACACCGUCAAGGUGGACCUUGGGCCCCAAGAAGAAAAAUCGUUUCCCAUCAAGAUUCCCUACACGGAAUACCAGCAACACCUCACAACAGACAACAUGCUCCGCGCAACUGCCUUUUGCCAGAUUGGUGAGGGAAAAGACACUGUGGUGGAAAGAGACAUCACUCUGGACAACCCCACAAUCGUCAUAGAGGUGCUGGGCCCGGCCAAGGUGGGCCAGACAGUGGAAGUGGAGGUGAACUUCACCAACCCCCUGGGCGAGGAGCUGAAGGACUGCAUCCUGCUGGCAGAGGGCAACGACCUGCUGGCAGAGAAGCUCCAGCUCAAGGUGCCCCCCUUGGGGGCCAAGGAGAACGUGCACAUCCCCUUCAAGAUCAGCCCCAGCAAAAGUGGAACGAAGCAGCUGCUCAUCAACUUCUCCUGCAACAAAUUCCAUGAUGUGAAGGCCUUUGAGACCAUCAUGGUGGCCGCCAACUGA